GUGAACGAAAACCACCAACAAACACUCUGAAUCUUUUCUUCUGAGAGCAAGGUUACAACAUCAACAAUAACUCACUAUAACCUCUCCACAUCUCCUCUAUUUCUUCUUCUUCUUCGAAUAUGUACAACACAACAAUGCGAACAAGAACGAUACCAGUCAAUAAUAAUAGUGCAUCAUCAACGACACCAUCUUUUCUUUUUGAUUCAAGUAAUAGUGGCGGAGUGAUAAAUUCAAGCCUCUUUAAAACAACAACAACAUCAUCGAGUACUAAUAGUAGAAAUAAUAGUUUGCUAAUACCUUCUUCCGAAAUUUUACUCAAUAAUGGACAGAGUAUACAGCAACAACAACAACAUAAUUCACUUUUAGAUGAUGAAUUUCAAGAUGAUUUUACUACUGGUUUUGAAGAUACAGCAUCAACACCUACCAAUAAUCAACCUCUCUUUCAAAGUAGUUCUAAUCCUAUUUUCAUGUUGAAUAAUGCCAGUUCAACGUCUCCAACUUCUUCUUCAUCAGAGGCUUUUCAAUUUUCAUCCUUUGUUGAUGACGAUGAUGGAGGGCAAACAACGAGCGAUUCCUACAUUUCCAGUUCGUCUCAUCUAUCUCUUACACCACCUGGACUAACCUACAUGAUGUCCCAACACAGUAUUCAACCAAAUAAUAAUCACUCACAUUAUGGGCAACACACCACUACACCUUUAAUGAAUACCUAUAAUCCACUAUUGAAUCCUAAUAUGAUGAAUUCACUACAACAUAAUUUAUUUCAACAACAAUUACUAAACAUGACACCUCCUACAACUAAUGAACAAAUGUUCCUCAAUGAAGAUUUGCUGACAAAUUCAAGAGAAGAUGUAGAACCUCUUCUUGAAGAUCAAGAUAUUAUUGCCAAUCUCAGUAACACUCUCCUAUUCCAACAACAACUACAAAAACUCCAACAACAACAAUUACUGCAGUCUACUGGUGGUUUAAACAUUCCUAAUUCUAUACCUAGGAGUAAGCCACAACUAGUACCUCAACUUGGCCCUCAACAAAUGUUAAAUAAUACACAACAACAAUAUAUGAACCAAUACAACAUGUCACUCAUUGAAGAAAUGCUAAUCAAUGGUACAAUACCCCCUUCCACAAACUUGGAAGAAUUACAACAAGCAAUUUUGAGGGCAUCAGCUAGUAAUCUUCUUCCUUCUACACCACCAAGUGUUUCUUCAUCUCCUCCAUCUGCAUUCCAUCUUCAACAACAAAACUUGGCACAACAAAAUUUAGCACUCUCUAGACAAUUAGCUCAACAGCAACAAGUUGUGGCAUCUAUGAUUGGUUCUCAAAUGAAGUCACUCCAAGUUGUUCAAGAGCUUAUUCAACAACAACAACAGCAACAACAACAAACUACUAAACCAGCAGUGUCCACUCCAACCAGCACAACCUCUUCAAACUCCAGUAUCACAAGAAGCAAAACUAUGCCUUCAAUAUCCUCAGCGUCUUCCAGCAAUAUUAUCCCAAUUUCAUCCUUGUAUCCACAAACUUCUAACAAUAGAAAUCCACAAAGACCAAAAUCUAAUUUACCAAAACAACCAACAGAACAAACAGAGGUCCAAAAUAAUACUGAAGAGUCUGAAGAUUCUGCCAAUAAGAAUACUAUUGAUCUUGAUGAUGCUUACGAAAAUUAUGCUUUGAAUUCCAAUAAUUUGAGCUCUGUUGAAUUGUAUAACACCAUGAUGAAUACUCUUCAACAGAAUCAAAAAUUACUUGCGAAUGCAUAUGGAAAUCUUGCAAAUUUGGCUAAUACCAUCACUCAACAACAAAAUGCUGUUUCAGGUAUGAAAAGAUCUACCUCAACUACAAGUGUCUCUAGUAAUACAUCAUCUUCUAGUCAGACAAGUGGAUAUCCAUAUAGCUCAAUACCAUUCAGCCCUUUGAGUAGAUCUCAAUCAAUGAACUGUCUUUCAUCCAUCAAUGCUAAUAAUUUACACAUUCCAACUGAGUCUUCUCUUACUUCAUUUGGUGAACAAAUUGUCCAGCCUGAAAAGCCAUCCUCAAGUGAAAUGAAAAGAUCAAUGAGCACAAGUUCUAUGAGAAAUUUGAAGAGAGCCAAGUCCAAGAAAAUGCCUCCUACCAGAAGUAGUGAUAAUCUUACAGGAUUACUUGAAAAAGAAAUGGAUAAAGAAACAUCUAAAAAGAGAAAGAAUAACAACUUUAGCAAGAAGGGACGUAAAAAGAACCAUUCAGAGUCCAGUAACGAUUUACUUGCUCUAGAGAAGAGUGCUGAGUCAGAAUUGAAUAACACAACAGAGAAUAAUAAUGAUACUGAAACAUCAGAGACACUAGAAGUUCCAACACCUACUGAUUCAACUCAUUCUGCUGAUUUUAUUGUAGAAGAAUCAACAACACCAAGAGAAACAAGACCAAAGGCCAAAUCUGUCAAAAUUGGUGGUGUGAUAGGUGGUGUCAGAAAAGCACAUUCUAUGGAUUCUAUUGCACUUGCUGCUCAAAACCAACAACAAUUUGCUCCUAUGGAUCCACCAUCUGAACCAAAACAAAAGGCUAUUAAGGCCAAAUCAAAGAAGGCUCUUGCAUUCCAAAAUGAAAGUCAACAACCACCUGUGCCCGGUGCUGGCAUGUUUGUAAUGUCUUCCUUCCAACCUCCACCACAAUGUCAAGGCAAUAAGAGAUGGAAAUUCCAUGAGUUUGAUAACGAAGACAAACCUAUUAAGGAUAAUGAUAGUGGUUUUACCUUCCACUUUUAUAAACCUACCAAAAAUUAAAAGCAUUCUUCUGU